UUUCCGGCGUGUGUGUGUGUGAGUGUCGGAGGAAGAAGGCUAUAAAGAGAGAGAGAGAGAGAGCGAGAGAGAGAGAAAAGGCAAGGAGAAGCAACUCGCACUUCUUCCCCCCCUCCCCAUCUCCCUGGUCCUUCUCACUCCAUCCUUCCUUCCCUUCUCCUGGAUCACCCCGCCAGCCCCACUCGGAGCCGGAAAUUCGACGACCCCUACUGCCGACCCCCGGGGACCCUAUGACUCUCCCGACUUCAGUCCCACCGACUGCCAUCUUAUAGACGACUGCAGCAUGGCCUGGCAAAGAACUCUAAAAUCUGAUGAAGAGAUCUAUUCGUAAGUGAGAGACCAUCGCUGUUGCUUCAUAUCCGCCUCACUCUGCUGUCCUUUAUGACCUGGGAAAACAUCACCCGCAGCAAAUCUGGUGCCUGGCUGGCAGGAGUACCAUCCUUUUCCUUCUUCCUUUGAGGACUCCAGCAGCAUCAUCCGGUCAUACCUCCUCCUGGCAUGGAGUGUACCAAAGCCCAGUCGGAGGGUGGUCUCAAUGUCACCCUUACCAUCCGUCUCCUUAUGCAUGGAAAAGAAGUGGGGAGUAUAAUUGGAAAGAAAGGGGAGACGGUGAAGAAGAUGCGAGAAGAGAGUGGAGCACGAAUCAAUAUCUCAGAGGGCAACUGCCCAGAGAGGAUUGUCACCAUCACUGGACCAACGGACACAAUCUUCAAGGCUUUUGCUAUGAUUGCCUACAAAUUUGAGGAGGACAUCAUCAGUUCCAUGAGCAACAGCCCAGCAACCAGCAAGCCUCCUGUUACCUUAAGGCUUGUAGUGCCGGCCAGCCAAUGUGGUUCCCUCAUAGGAAAAGGCGGUUCCAAAAUAAAAGAAAUGAGAGAGUCCACAGGGGCACAAGUUCAAGUAGCAGGGGAUAUGCUCCCCAACUCAACAGAGCGUGCGGUGACAAUCUCCGGGACCCCAGAAGCCAUCAUCCAGUGUGUCAAACAGAUCUGUGUCACCAUGCUGGAGUCUCCGCCCAAAGGUGCCACGAUCCCGUAUCGCCCAAAGCCUGCUUCCACACCCGUGAUUUUUUCAGGUGGUCAGGCCUACACAAUUCAGGGACAAUAUGCCAUUCCACACCCAGAUCAGUUGACCAAGCUCCACCAGCUGGCUAUGCAGCAAACCCCCUUUACCCCUCUUGGACAGACCACCCCCGCUUUCCCUGGUUUGGAUGCCAGCCCCCCAGCCAGCACUCAUGAGCUCACCAUUCCAAAUGAUCUAAUAGGCUGCAUCAUUGGACGGCAAGGAACCAAGAUCAACGAGAUCCGACAGAUGUCCGGCGCGCAGAUCAAAAUUGCAAACGCCAUGGAAGGCUCGUCGGAGCGUCAGAUCACCAUCACGGGGUCGCCUGCUAACAUCAGCCUGGCCCAAUAUCUAAUCAACGCCAGGUUCAGGGACGUGGCGGUCAUGUGGAAUGAUCCUUCGGCAAUGACAACGUCCUGAAGUCGCCGACAAAACUGGCUCUGUUUUUAGACAUCGGCAAGCAUCGACGUAUCGUGUCUUGACUUACUUUUUGCAUUUGAAGGGUUGGAAUAAAAGUCUGCAGGGUUUGGACAUUUUGAGAACGUAUGUAAUUUUAUUUGAUGUUAUUUGUUUGACGAUAUCAAAGACUGGUGACACAUGGAGGGAGAUCCCAAAUCAAAUCAUCGGAGGUUCAUCUGACUACGUUGUGUAAAACAGGGCUUAUCAACAAAAUGACAACAGACCAAGUUCAGUUCCAAACCUGGGAAACACACAUUUUUUGAACAUGGACCACCAUAAACGCAUUUCUUGACAUUUUAAAGAUACAACACUGCCAAGCAGGCACAGGACAUUGAUUAUACACCCACGUGUUUUAGACUUCUAAACAACGUUGCAAAAUAGUUGUAUUUGUAAAUUGAGACAACAUUGAUGUGUAACGUUGGAUCCACGUCGUUGGUUGGAAAAUGACCAAAUUUCAAUGGUCAAAUCACAACCUGACAUUGAAUAAACAUUGUCAAAAACUACGUUGUUUCAACGUUGGAUUUGUGUUGGAGACUAUUGGCUGGGAAAUGACCACAUUUCAAUGGUCAAAUCAACGUCAGAACCCAAGAUUGAUUAAACGUUGUCAAAAAGCAUGUUUCAACGUUAUGUUUGAGUUGGGAAAUUACCAAAUUUCAACGGUCAAAUCACUACCUGACAUUGAAUAAACGUCAAAAAGUACGUUGUUUCAACGUUGUAUUUGUGUUGGAGAAUAUUGGUUGGGAAAUGACCACAUUUCAAUGGUCAAAUCAACGUCAGAUCCCAACAUUGAUCAAACGUUUUCAAAACAUAUGUUUGAACGUUAUGAUUGAGUUGGGAAAUUACCAAAUUUCAGAGGUCAAAUCACAGCCUGACAUUGAAUAAACGAGAAGAUCGGUUGGGAAAUGACCACAUUUCAAUGGUCAAAUCAACGUCAGAACCCAACAUUGAUUAAUCGCUGUCAAAAAGCAUUUUUUGACGUUAUGUUUGAUAUGGGAAAUUACCAAAUUUAAUUGGCCAAAUCAUAACCUGACACUGAAUAAACGUCAAAAAGCAUGUUUCAACGUUCAAUUUGUGUUGGAGAAUAUUAGUUGGGAAAUGACCACAUUUCAAUGGUCAAAGCAACGUCAGAACCCAACAUUGAUUAAACGUUGUCAAAAAACAUGUUUCAAUGUUAUGUUUGAGUUGGGAAAUUACCAAAUUUCAAUGGUCAAAUCUAGUCUACAUAGAAUAAACGACAAGAUUGGAUGGGAAAUGACCACAUUUCAAUGGUCAAAUCAACGUCAGGUCCCAACAUUGAUUAAACGUCUUCAAAACACGUUUGAACGUUAUGUUUGAGUUGGGAAAUUACCAAAUUCCAAUGGUCAAAUCACAGCCUGACAUUGAAUAAACGAGAAGAUUGGUUGGGAAAUGACCACAUUUCAAUGGUCAAAUCAAAGUCAGAACCCAACAUUGAUUAAACGCUGUCAAAAAGCAUUUUUUAACGUUAUGUUUGAUAUGGGAAAUUACCAAAUUUAAUUGGCCAAAUCAUAACCUGACACUGAAUAAACGUUGUCAAAAAGCAUGUUUCAACGUUGUAUUUGUGUUGGAGAAUAUUAGUUGGGAAAUGACCACAUUUCAAUGGUCAAAGCAACGUCAGAACCCAACUUUGAUUAAACGUUGUCAAAAAACAUGUUUCAAUGUUAUGUUUGAGUUGGGAAAUUACCAAAUUUCAAUGGUCAAAUCUAGUCUACAUUGAAUAAACGACAAGAUUGGUUGGGAAAUGACCACAUUUCAAUGGUCAAAUCAAAGUCAAAACCCAACAUUGAUUAAACGUUGUCAAAAAACAUGUUUCAAUGUUAUGUUUGAGUUGGGAAAUUACCAAAUUUCAAUGGUCAAAUCUAGUCUACAUUGAAUAAACGAGAAGAUUGGUUGGGAAAUGACCACAUUUCAAUGGUCGAAUCAAAGUCAAAACCCAACAUUGAUUAAACGUUGUCAAAAAGCAUGUUUCAACGUUAUGUUUGAGAUGGGAAAUGACCAAAUUUAAUUGGCCAAAUCAUAACCUGACACUGAAUGAACGUCAAAAAGCAUGUUUCAACGUUGUAUUUGUGUUGGAGAAUAUUAGUUGGGAAAUGACCACAUUUCAAUGGUCAAAGCAACGUCAGAACCCAACAUUGAUUAAACGUUGUCAAAAAACAUGUUUCAAUGUUAUGUUUGAGUUGGGAAAUUACCAAAUUUCAAUGGUCAAAUCUAGUCUACAUAGAAUAAACGACAAGAUUGGAUGGGAAAUGACCACAUUUCAAUGGUCAAAUCAACGUCAGGUCCCAACAUUGAUUAAACGUCUUCAAAACACAUGUUUGAACGUUAUGUUUGAGUUGGGAAAUUACCAAAUUCCAAUGGUCAAAUCACAGCCUGACAUUGAAUAAACGAGAAGAUUGGUUGGGAAAUGACCACAUUUCAAUGGUCAAAUCAAAGUCAGAACCCAACAUUGAUUAAACGCUGUCAAAAAGCAUUUUUUAACGUUAUGUUUGAUAUGGGAAAUUACCAAAUUUAAUUGGCCAAAUCACAACCUGACACUGAAUAAACGUUGUCAAAAAGCAUGUUUCAACGUUGUAUUUGUGUUGGAGAAUAUUAGUUGGGAAAUGACCACAUUUCAAUGGUCAAAGCAACGUCAGAACCCAACUUUGAUUAAACGUUGUCAAAAAACAUGUUUCAAUGUUAUGUUUGAGUUGGGAAAUUACCAAAUUUCAAUGGUCAAAUCUAGUCUACAUUGAAUAAACGACAAGAUUGGUUGGGAAAUGACCACAUUUCAAUGGUCAAAUCAAAGUCAAAACCCAACAUUGAUUAAACGUUGUCAAAAAGCAUGUUUCAACGUUAUAUUUGAGAUGGGAAAUUACCAAAUUUAAUUGGCCAAAUCAUAACUUGACAC